AUGCUGCUCAAAAGCAAUAUAAUACUUUACUUGAUAUUUUGGCGGAACACAAAGUUUUAUUGGAUCGCACAGUUGCCCAAAAUGCAGUUUGCACAUACAUAAUGGGCAUUUUUCCAAUUAAUACCGAUGAAAAAUUGAAAGAAUUUGACACCCUUUUAGCUACGCAAGCAGAUCCAUAUAUACGGCAAAUCAAUUUACUUCUCGGUGGUAAUGCUGAACGCAAUCUACAUCAGGUAUUUGGCCACGGUAUAAUUAUGAAUUUCUAUGUCGACGGAUCUUUCGGCAAAAAGCGUUUGCAGGAUUACAGCAAUGUGUUUACGGCUAUAAUAGAUGCUAUAUCAACUUUCAGCGAAUCUUCUGACAAAACAUUGAGAGCAGUCUUUCAACGACAGAAAAAAAAAUUUUUUAAACAAACAAGUCGCAACAAAGGCAGAGACAAGGAACAACAUGAAUAUGAAGGCGACUCUUCUGACAAAGACCAAUAAUUUUUUUAUCAACUCAAAAUGCUUAAAGGUUUAGCCAGCCUGGAAAAAAUUAGCUUUUUUAUUCUAAAACAUAUU